AUGUCAGACAUUGAGAUGAAGCCAACGAGUCGCAGUCACAGCCACGUCGAGGAGGCCAGCACCGCCGACUAUCCCAUGAAGACGGUCGACACAUUUCAUGCCGAUGAGGCGAUGAGGGUGAUCGCCACUUAUAGUGGUGAUGAAUCCUGGACAGAAGACGAGGAGAAGAAGCUCCUGCAGAAGAUCGACUGGAAUCUCAUGCCUAUUCUCUGCCUCACAUACGCCCUUCAGUACUACGAUAAGGCUAUGCUAGGCCAAGCGGCAAUCUUUGGUCUCAGAACAGACCUACAACUCUUGACUGGUGAUAGAUAUUCUUUCUCUGCAUCCAUAUUUUAUCUGGGAUUCAUUGUCGGCGCAUAUCCAGUCAUGGUCCUCGCUCAGCGAUACCCAGUUGAGCGGGUUGCGGCCGGUACAGUGUCGAUUUGGGGCUUGUGCCUACUCCUCACGACACAAUGCCGUAAUUAUCAAGCACUCUACGCUCAGCGAUUCUUUCUGGGUGUGCUUGAAAGUGGCAUCAGCCCUAUGUUCAUGAUAGUUGUAAGUAGCUGGUACAAGAAGAAUGAACAGGCAUUGAGAAUGGGAAUCUGGUACUGCUGUACUGGCUAUAUUUCUUGCGUUUCGCCUCUGAUCAACUGGGGUCUUGGCCAAAUUCACGGCGGGGUGUCAUCAUGGCCGUACAUGUUCUAUUUCGCUGGUUCCAUAACCUUCGUUUGGGGUAUUGUGUUGCUAUGGGUCCUCAAGCCCGAGCCCAUCAGUGUUAAAGUUUUGAAUGAACGAGAACGCUAUAUUGCCGUCUCCCGGCUGCGGAGCAAUAACUCGGGCGUGCGAAAUACCCACUUCAAGGGGAGCCAAGUCAGAGAGCUUCUCUUUGACGGCAAGUUCUGGCUGUUGUUUUUCAUCGCUAUGCUCUCUAUGAUCGCCAAUGCGCCCAUAUCCACGUUCACCCCGAUUCUCAUUAACGGAUUCGGGUACAGCACGUUCAACUCUCUUUUGCUAAGCAUGCCAUGCUCAUUUUGGUCCGGCUCAAUGACGCUUUCCAUGUCGUACCUCUGCUACAGAUUUACGGCCAAGGGGAUUCGAUCCUACUUGUUCAUAUUCACGCAGAUGAUUGUUGUCUUUGCCUGCAUACUGCUGGUCGCAGUCCCUAGUACGGUGAAAGGUGUUGCAUUGUUCGCGAUCAUUAUCCUACCAUCUGUGGGAUCUGGAUACGGUAUACUCAUGGGUAUUCAAAUGGCAAACAUUGCCGGAUAUACGAAGAAGUCAGUUGCGUCAGCUGGGCUUUUUAUUGGAUACUGCUUCGGAAACUUUAUCGGACCUCUUGUCUAUCGAUCCCAAGAUUCUCCCAGAUACCUUAUUGGGUUUCUGGUGACCAUCGGUAGUUCAGUUGUCUCCUGCAUACUAAUGUAUAUAUAUCGAAUGAUAUGUUCCUCGGAGAACAAGAAACGCGAUGAUGCGGGUAUCGUAGAAGCAUACGACAACGCUUAUGAUGAUGAUUUGACUGAUAAGAAGAAUUUACAGUUUAGGUACAUUUUGUAG